AAGAUAAACGUGAACCAAUCUGCUCGCAAGUUCUCAUACUAUUUCCCUUUCUGGUCCAUCACCAGCAUCUUAGAAAGGCGGAGAAGCCCGUAAAGCUGGUGGAUCUUGGCACCAGCAGCCGUGAAACAGAACCUCUCAGGUUAAAGAAGUUGGAACCGACUCGCCAGGAUUUGCCACAGAAAUUCAAGGGAAAUGAUUCUUUACUGAAACUGUCGUCCCCCAGUGUGCUAAAGGAGGCAACAGAGCAGGCGGUAGCUCAUGACUUAUCUUGGAAGUGGAACGAACCUUGGAAGGUCAUAAAGAAGCAAGCAAGUUCCCGCGCCUUUCCCUGAUUCCUGAUCCCACAGAAACUCGCAAAGAAAAGGAGAGCCAAGGCUGGCCCGGGCCUCGCUCCGGGUCUCCGGCAGAGGCCGCUGCAGCCGGGGAGGGACACUAGGAUGCCGAGUGCUCCGCCCCGCGGCCUCUCCUGCCUGCUCGGUCCCCACCACCUUCUGCAGCCUGCUGGAGAAGCAGUACUUCAAAGAAACCCUGAUGCGACCGCUCCAGAUAGUUCCCGGCCGGCUCAUUUCCCAACUGUGUUGUAGACCGAAGCCUCCAGCCUCCCCGCGAAGCAAGAUCUGCCUCACCAUGGCUCGUCCAAGUUCAAAUAUGGCAGAUUUUCGGAAGUGUUUUGCAAACGCCAAGCACAUAGCCAUCAUCUCAGGGGCUGGCGUUAGUGCGGAGAGCGGGGUUCCAACUUUCAGAGGAGCUGGAGGUUAUUGGAGAAAAUGGCAAGCUCAGGACCUGGCGACUCCGCAGGCCUUUGCCCGCAACCCAUCACAGGUGUGGGAGUUCUACCACUACCGGAGGGAGGUCAUGAAGAGCAAGGAACCCAAUCCUGGGCACCUGGCCAUUGCCCAGUGUGAAGCCCGGCUACGUGACCAGGGCCGACGGGUUGUAGUCAUCACCCAGAACAUCGAUGAGCUGCACCGCAAGGCUGGCACCAAGAACCUGCUGGAAAUCCACGGGACCUUGUUUAAAACUCGGUGCACCUCAUGCGGCAAUGUCGCUGAGAACUACAAGAGUCCAAUUUGUCCAGCGUUAGCAGGAAAAGGGGCUCCAGAACCAGAGACCCAAGAUGCCAGAAUCCCAGUUGACAAACUUCCCCGGUGUGAGGAGGCAGGAUGCGGUGGCUUGCUGCGACCUCAUGUGGUGUGGUUUGGAGAAAACCUGGAUCCUGCCGUUCUGGAGGAGGUGGACAGAGAGCUCGCCCUCUGUGACCUGUGUCUAGUGGUGGGAACAUCCUCUGUGGUCUACCCAGCUGCCAUGUUUGCCCCUCAGGUGGCUUCCAGGGGAGUCCCAGUGGCCGAGUUUAACACGGAAACCACCCCAGCCACCAAUAGAUUCAGGUUUCAUUUUCCAGGACCCUGUGGGACAACACUUCCUGAAGCCCUUGCUCCUCAUGAAACUGAAAGGGUUUCGUAAUUGUCUUGUGGAAAGAGGAGAAGAACAUGUAGUGCAUAACCAGGGCGCCAACAGAAGAGGUUUUGUGGAUGACAAGCUGAACUUUGGAAAAUCUAAUACCCUUUGAGCCCCUAGAGGACAAUCUGUGAAGGGAUUGGGCUUCAAAAUACCAACAGCAAGUGUGUUUUCUUUGGAGAGGCUGAUGGACUGUCAAGUUCUUCCAUCUUAUUUGAUUUCAACUGAACUAUGAGUAUUUUGGAUUUGCUAUUCUCGAUCAGUUACUGGGAAGGAAAAAUUUGUACUUAAAUUGCUUGAGAAGAAGGUAAUUAUCCUGUUUGUUUGCAUCUUGGGCAAAGAUAGAAAUAGAGAAUUAAAACCCUAAAAGUUAAA